AUGGAAACUGAUGAGUACGCUAUCUGGAGAACAGCUCCUGACGCAAGCAGGCUAUGCUAUCAGCAUUUCCUAUGGAGAGAAUUAUUUAAUGGAAAUAUUCAUCCAUCCAUAAAAUUGGAGGACAGGCAGGGCCUCCGUAUUGCCGAGUUCGCCGCGGGUCACUGUUUAUGGGCAAUGCAGGUUGCUCAGGAGUUCCCAUUAGCCGCAGUGGAAGCAUCAGACAUUGAUCUCAACCUUGUACCGCCGUCAUCAGAACGACCAUCCAAUCUUUCGAUUGCGAAAUGGAGCUUCUUCGAUAGGGUCCCAGAGAAGUGGCUGGGGGCCUUCGACUUAAUUCAUAUCCGUCUCCUCAUUCAACCAUUUGCAGGUUUCCAAGAUCCGAGACCUGUGCUUGAGAAGUUCGUUUCGAUGCUGAAACCGGGAGGCUAUCUACAAUGGGACGAAUAUGACUACGCGGACGCGGACAAGGGCCAUGUAUAUUCAGUGGAUAACCCAGAGCAUGUACCAAACCCACACGAGACUCAUAACUCAUCUACAAGAAUAUGGCAGCUAAUCAUGGACACCUUUGGCUGGCCGCAAGAACACUUCGCCAAGCUUUCCACGUAUUUCACUGAAGCUGGCCUUGAAGAAGUGCAGGACCACAAGAUCAGACCGCCACCUUCGGUAUUCAGAGCUUUUCACGAACAUUGGUAUGCCUUAAUUGCACAGCUGCUGCCUGUCCUUGAGGCAAAAGAUGUCACGGCAGGGAUCGAAGCAAGAAAAUUAGUGACUCAGAUUAGGGAGGAUUCACAAAGGCAUGGGGUUUUCAGUGCACAUAUCACCAAAUUUGUCGUGGGCAGAAAGCGUGACGAUAAAAGUGACGCAAGGCUACUGCGCUCGAAGCUAUAG